GUUCUAGGAAAGGAGGGAGUUCGAAGUUAUGCUAGCUAGCUGUUGUUACUAUCUAUAACUACCUAACUAGUCAACUUUUUAAACGUCAAGUUCCAAGAAGCUACAGCAACCUUGUCAACAGUGGACCAUGGACAUCGAGGAUGACACGACGGUGUUCUCCACUCUGAAGUCCUUUAAGAGUUUCAUCUCUCUUCCGGACACGUCUCGGAACCAGGGAGAACCCGCCCCGGUGCAGAGCCACGUCCUACAGAACCAGUACCUGCAGAGAUUACAGUUGCUGGAGGCAGCAGAGAAGGUUCAGUCUAAGACCCAGCUGAUCCAGUUGGACCAGGAGAAGAGACAGAUGGAGAUCAGUCACAAGAGAGCACGCAUCGAACUGGAGAAGAACGCUACGCUGAGCGCUAGGGACUUUGAGCGUGAGGUGGACCGUAACCAGGACCUGCUGGGACGAAUCAGACGCCUGGAAGAGAGGGAGGCGGAGUCCAGCCAGAGCCUAUCGGAAAAGGCAGAGGCAAACCGUGCUCUACAUCGGACCCUGGAGUCUCUCAACAGAAGGGUGGAGGAGAGGGAUGGCUGGCUCAACACCUCUAACCAGACAGUGAGCGGUUUAAAGGAUGAGAUCCGGGACCUGAAGCAGCAGGUCCAGACGCAGGACAACACCAUCUCUAACCAGACACUGGAGAACCAGGGACUACAGGAACAAGUGGAGCUACAACAAAGGAAGUACCAGGAAGUGUCUCAGCGGUGCCAGGCCCUCCAGUUAGCAUCAUCCACCUGCUCCGACCACGAACUCAAGAUUAAGGAGUUGGAGAGGAAGUUGGCACUGCAGGAACAGGAUGUUGUCAUUGUGAAGAACAUGAGGUCAGAGGUCGCUAGGGUCCCAGAUAUGGACAAGGAGCUCCGACAGCUAAGAGAGGAGAAUGUUUACCUCAGGGAGACGAGGGAGAACGUGAUCCUGCUGAAGGAGGAAGCAGAGGGUCUGAGACGUAAGGUCGAACGGAUGGAGAAGAUGAAAGAGGAGAUGGUGAACGUGGAGCUGGAGAAGGAGAAACUGUCUCAGAAACUGCAGGCCUGGGAGAACCUGGGUCAGUCUACUGGACUCAACAUACGGACACCAGAGGACCUGUCCAGAGAGGUGAUUCAGAUCCAACAACGAGAGAUCGCUGUCAAACAACACAACUACACUCUCACCAGCAGCUGUAGGUCAGUGGAGCGUUCCAAGGCUGACCUCCAGGGGGAGCUGUUGUCGAUACGUUGUUCUAAAGCUCUGGAAGAACAGAAGAAGAGAGAGACCCAGGAAUCACUGGUCAGACGACUGCAGAAGAGGGUGUUGCUGCUCACCAAGGAGCGGGAUGGGAUGCGCGCCAUCCUGGAGUCCUAUGACAGUGAGCUGUCCUCUAGUGACUACACUCCUCAACUCAGCCGCAGACUCAGAGAGGCAGAAGAUGUACUGACCAAGACUCAGAGCCACAAUACAGAGAUGGAGGUUCUGUUGACUAAAGCCCAAGAGGAGGCUGGGGCCCUCAAACUACAAGUACAGACUAUGGAGUUGGAGCUGGAGGUUAUGAAGAAGCAGCAAGACUCCGUCGCCGUGGGCAUCCCCUUAGCAACGAACGAGGAAGUCAACACACUCCGGCUGAAGAUUGAGGAGUUGGAGGGAGAGCGACAACGUCUGGAAGAACAGAACAAUGUUCUAGAGCUGAGGCUGGAGAGACACAACUUACAGGGAGACUACAAUCCGGUCAAAACCAAAGUCCUCCACUUCAGUCUGAACCCUACGAGCAUGGCCAAACAGCAGCGUGUGGAGGAAGUGGAGGCGCUGAGGGCAGAAGUGGAGUGUUUGAGGGAACGCCUCCGCUCUCUGCAGACAGGGGGCGCUGUCCCUCUUGCUGCUGCUGCAGGAGAGACCAGCCUCAGUCUGCCUCCCUCACAGGAGGUCCUGGAUCUGCGUAAACAGAUGGAAACAGCUGAGCUGAAGAACCAGCGGUUGAAGGAGGUGUUCCAGAGGAAGAUUCAGGAGUUCAGGACGGUGUGCUAUGUUCUGACAGGCUAUCAGAUAGACAUCACUACUGAGAACCAGUACAGGCUGACCUCUGUCUACGCUGAACACAUGGACGACUCUCUACUGUUUAAGGCCAGUGGAGGCGCUGUGGGCAGUGGAGGCAGUAUGCAGCUGAUGGAGACAGACUUCAGUCGGACCCUGAGAGAGAUGGUGGACCUCCACCUGCACCAUCAGAAGAGCAUCCCAGCCUUCCUCUCUGCUGUGACCCUCGACCUCUUCAGCCGACAGACCACGGUCUGACUUGACCCUCGACCUCUUUAGCCGACAGACCACGGUCCGACUUGACCCUCGACCUCUUCAGCCGACAGACCACCGUCUGACUUGACCCCACCCCCGGGGUUGAGGGUGUCCUGUGAUGAUAUAUGACCUGUGACGACCUUGUUUGACAUGUGAUGUCAUUGCCUUGACCUCUUCACACAAUGCUUAAGGUUAGGAUUGGGGGUUAGCUGAUCCUAGAUCUGUCAUUGUUUUCCCUACCUGUGAUGUUGUCAUGUGACCUACGACCUCACUAUCUGACCUGUGACGUCAUGGUCUGAUUGGCACAGCUGUGCGACGGACUCUGAGGGUAAUAGUAUCAGGUUAAAUAAACGGAGUCGCUGUCUA